UCACUUUGUGUUGAUAUACAUGUCUUAAAUGAUAAAGUAACUAUUAACACAGGUAUUUACGGCAGCAAUGCAUUUAAAGUUAGCGCUGUUGUCAAUUGUGUUCGGAUUUACAAGAGGAGAGUUGUCCCUGGCGUCUUACUAUGGCGACCACAUGGUUCUUCAGCGUGCACCCAAGUCCACCUACAUCUGGGGCUACGCGGACACUCUGGGCUCAAUGGUCAGUGUCCAGGUGGCCGGAAUGACCGCGGUCACUACAAGAGUGGUAAGGCACGACCAGCUUGCCAGAAACGUCUGGAAAGUCAUGCUUCCCCCAGUAACAGGACCUGGUCCCUAUCAGAUAAAUAUUACGUCCAGUGAAGGGACGCUGACAAUGAAUGACGUCAUGUUUGGUGACGUGUGGCUCUGCUCUGGCCAGAGUAACAUGCAGUUCACCACCAGCAUGGUAUUCAAUGCGAGCGAAGAGGUGACGGACGCGAACAACUAUCCGGAUAUCCGGUUGUUCACGGUGGCGUUAAAGUGGUCAAACCGGACGCUUUAUGAGCUCACUGAAGUAGAGCAGUCAUGGAGCCGCGCUAGUAAUGAAUCGGUUGGGCACGGUGCGUGGAGCUAUUUCUCGGCUGUAUGCUGGUUAUUUGGGAAACGCCUGUAUCAACACCGGAAGUACCCGAUUGGUCUCAUCGCGACCACGUGGGGCGGUACUCCUGUAGAGGCGUGGUCGUCUCAAGAUGCGAUGAAUAUAUGCGAGCCGGAGAAGGCAGGGCUUACAGAUGCACGAACCAACCAGAAACCACUUGAUAAAAGAACCAAUCAGACUGUGUCAAAUGGCAUUUUCACCGGAAAUGAACCGGCUCCGCAGAAUACUCCCACUCAGUUGUGGAAAGCCAUGGUUCACCCGAUGCUAAACUUAACAAUUUACGGGGCUAUCUGGUAUCAAGGCGAAGCAAAUGCCGGAGCACCGGAGCUGUACAAAUGCCGGUUUCCGGUCAUGAUUUUCGACUGGAGGGCAAAGUUUAAUGAGGGAUCAAGCGGUCAGACCGAUCCUAACUUUCCAUUUGGGUUUGUACAGUUAGCAUCGUGGCGGAACGAUUCCACAAUUACAAAAGGUUUUCCGGAUAUCCGGUGGCGCCAGACGAGCGACUUUGGAUACGUGCCAAAUCCCCAGAUGCCCUACACUUUCAUGGCGGUUGCUAUGGAUCUCCCGGACUUUACAUCACCUUACAACAGCAUUCACCCACGUGACAAACAAGACAUAGCGGAUCGUCUGCUUCUGUCCGCACUUCCGGUUGCUUACAAUGUGACGUCAUUGGGGCGUUACCAGGGACCGCUGGUUUCAAAGGUGACGUAUAGCAAUGCAAGCCUGAUGAUUGAGUUUGACACCCAGAUAGAAAUAAGGACAAAGGAUGGUUUCGAGGUAUGUUGCGCAACGUCCAAAUACAGCAAAUGUGACGGAAGUGACCAGGCUGUAUGGAUUGCGGCCCCUAUUAUGAAAAGCAGCCCCCAGAGUGUGACGCUUCUCAUCUGUAACUCUUCCUUGGGACUCACGCGUGGCUUCCGGUACGCUUGGCGAGAGUCCCCGUGCGCCUUCAAGAAGUGCGCCAUCUACAGUCGACCAGACAUGAACAGCCUUCCUAUGGGGCCAUACAUAAAGAUCGAACUGGACCCACUUAAAUAUUUACCUCACGUUUACUAGACAAGCUUAUGUUGAAUAAAGUUUAUUAGAG